CCCCGCCCCGGCCGGCGGUCCAAGGAGUGCAGGAAGGGGGCCGGGGGACCCGCCCCCGGACGGCCGAAGUCAUGAACUCGAACGUCGAGAAUCUGCCUCCGCACAUCAUCCGCCUAGUGUACAAGGAGGUGACAACACUGACGGCCGACCCACCUGAUGGCAUUAAAGUCUUCCCCAAUGAGGAGGAUCUCACGGACCUGCAGGUUACCAUCGAGGGCCCUGAGGGCACCCCCUAUGCUGGAGGUCUGUUCCGUAUGAAGCUCCUACUGGGCAAGGAUUUCCCUGCCUCUCCACCCAAGGGCUACUUCCUGACCAAGAUCUUCCACCCAAAUGUGGGGGCCAAUGGUGAGAUCUGUGUCAAUGUGCUCAAGAGGGACUGGACGGCUGAGUUGGGCAUCCGACAUGUGUUGCUGACCAUCAAAUGCCUGCUGAUCCACCCUAACCCAGAGUCUGCACUCAACGAGGAGGCUGGCCGCCUGCUCAUGGAGAACUAUAAAGAGUACGCUGCUCGGGCUCGACUGCUCACAGAGAUCCAUGGGGGUGCAGGUGGCACCAGCAGUGGGAGGGCUGAAGCUACCCGGGGCGUGGGAAGUGGGGCUACAGCCUCCACUGACCCUAUGACCCUAGGAGUCCUGGGAGGAGCCGAGAGUCCCAUGGCCAAGAAACACGCAGGCGAGAGAGAUAAGAAGUUGGCAGCCAAGAAAAAGUUGGAUAAGAAGCGGGCACUAAGGCGACUGUAGUGGGCUCUUCUCCUUUCUUCUUUCUGUUCUAUCCCCUCCCACUCUGUCUCUAAGUUAUUUAAAUUAUGGCUGGGGUGGGGGAGGGAAUAGGGGGGCACCAGAACCUGGAUUUGGUUUUCUAAAUAAAAAUUGGAAAAGAG